AUGUUUAUCAUGAUCGCCACGUUCACGGUGGUGAUGCUUCUUAUGUUGCCACAAGUUCCAGCUUUGUGGUUUAAAGAUGGAAGUAAAUCCAUCUUCACCUUCACUCGCGAAGAAUCUCAGAUUCAGUGCAACCCGUACCAGGAGAAGUCCCAUGGCUUCAACUGGGCUAAUCUGCCUAACGGUCCCUUCUCUACCUAUGGUGAUUUCCAUUUCACCGAUUUCAACUGCAGCAACACCUUUGGCACUGGAUCCAUCCACAAAUAUGGUAAAAAAUCCAUCACUGGUGUGGUCAACAAGUCUGGCGGCCUUGGUCCCAUGAUGACUUCCCGUUCCGCUUUCUCUAUCAAGACCAUCUAUGCCUCGGCCCCGAAGCCAAUCGAUCUCAUGAUGAAUUUCCUUAUGCCUAAUGAUGCCAUCUGCACCAAGGUUGCUCCAAUCUCCACUAGCGUCGCAGUCAUCGACGUUCAUGAAUGUACCGGUGCCAUCUCUGUGCAGUUCGAGCUUUCCGAGGACAGCCCCGAGACCACCGCUGAAUUCGGUAUCUACAACAUCAUGUUCAGCUGCGGAGAGAAGAGCCCUGUCAUGAAUGUGCUUGUACAGGAUCCCCCACACAUGGACAUUCGCAAGCGUGGAGCGUCUUCCGUUCCCUAUGUUGUUGUUUCGCCUGAAGAGACUUCUGGGUCUGUUGAUGCUGGAACUACGGCUGCUGCAACUUCCAGCUCGGUAGCUGAUGCUAACGGCGUAAAUGCCGGACACACCGAGUCUACUACCAAUGCCAAUGCUCAGACUACUAGUGCUUCAGCCACCAGUAAUCUGGAGGUUGUUCCUCAGUCUUCUCCCUCUGCAUCGGUGGAGUCGCCCCAAACCUCUUCCAGUUAUGUUGUUGUUGGCCCAGAUAGCGGUACCUCGAAGUCGGCUGCACACCCUGCAGCUGCUACUACAUCUGUGGCUGUUGUUGAGACCCAGUCAAGCUCCUCAAGCUCCCAAGCUGUGUCUACGUCCUCGGCCCUUAUUAGCUCAUCGGCUGGUGUCACAGCCUCUGCCGCAGUUACCGGCCAGCGCAUGGGAACAUUGACUAUCUAUUCCACCAGCGAGAUCACUGUCACCAGCUGUGCUGCUACUGUCACUGACUGCCCGGCUCAUUCUACCCGUGUCGUCACUACAGUUAUCCCUGUCUCAACUACGGUAACACCCAUUACCGGGACGGAGGAUAGCACUACAUCGGCUGCUGAGUCCACACCUGUUGGCUCCACCCCAAGUGGUAGCUCGCCUGAAAGCUCUGCUGUCACCUCGCAAAGCUCAUCUUCUCACGAAGUCUCCCCUGUUCACUCGCCUAGCAGCUCUUCGGUGUCUGCUUCUAGUAGCAGCCCAGUGAUUACCGGCAUUGCGACUUCAUCUGGAGCGGGGACUACUUCGCAAAAGUAUACUACGUCGACUGUCUACACCACCAGUGAGAUUACUAUUACCAGCUGUGCUCCCACUGUCACAAACUGUCCGGCCGACUCCACCACUGUCGUCACUUCGACUAUUGCUGUUUCGACAACUAUCUGCCCCGUGACUGAGACAGAGACAUCCGCCGAGAAGACUUCGACUCCCGUCGGUGUUUCUGCUGAAACAUCCCCGGCUAGCUCGCCUAAGGGUUCAUCUCCCGUUGGCUCCACAACUGAGUCUGUUGCUACUUCGCCCGUCACUUCUUCCCCUGUCCAUCCUGGCACCUCGUCAGCUGCGAUCACAGCCUCGCCUAGCAAGUGGACUACUUCCACCAUCUAUGUCACAAGCGAGAUUACCAUCACAAGCUGUGCUGCCACCGUCACAAACUGUCCCGCUCGCUCCACCACAGUCUCGACGACUCUCAUUCCAGUGUCGACAACUGUCAUCCCAGUAACAGAAACAGAGACUACCACAGAGAAGACUUCGACCCCUGUUGGCGUUUCCGCUGGAUCCUCUGUGGCUGUUUCGCCCAGCGACUCGCGCCGACCUUCAGGAUCUUCCCCUGUGACUACCAUCCCUACUUCCCCGGCUGGCACCACACCCUCGCCUACCAAGUACACAGUUUCUACCAUCUACACCACCAAGGAGGUUACUAUCACUAGCUGUGCUGCCACCGUCACCAAUUGCCCGGCUCAUUCGACCACUGUCGUCACCACUACUGUUCCAGUUUCGACGACCACCGUCCCUGUCACCGAGAGCGAAACAGGUAGUGCGCAUACUUCAGUCGGUUCGACACCUGCCGUUACAUCUACUCCGACUACCUCAACUAUCCCUGCAACCACCUCAACUCCGGUUGGCGUAAGUGCUGGAUCGACUCCUGUCACAGCCACCUCAACUAUUCCUGCGAUUACUACUGAGGUCGCUACCACAACCCCGGUUGGCGUGAGUGCAGGAUCAACUCCCGGUGGUGGCUCUGGAAACUCAGUGACAACCGUUGUUACAUAUGAGACGACUACUUGGUGCCCUGUCACAGCAACAGAGACAUCUGGCUCUACUACACGCAUCGUGACUACAAGCACUCUUUCUACCGUUGUUGUAACAUCGACAUCGACUGUCUGCACAAAGUGCUCUGGUACUCUUGGAUCUACCACCCCUGUGAAGGUUACUCCUACAGAGUCUACCUCUGUGACAAUUACUGUGACUACCCCCACAACCACACCUGUGAAGGUCACUCCCACAGAGUCCAGCUCGGUGUCUACUCUUACUGACUCUAGUCGCUCGGUCACAACUGUUGCAACUUCCAUUACAACUACCCCUGUUGGUGUUAGUGCUGGAUCGACUCCCGCCGGACCUGGAAACUCAGUGACAACUGUUAUCACUUAUGAGACGACUACUUGGUGCCCUGUCACAGCGACAGAGACAUCUGGCUCUACUACACGUGUCGUGACUACAAGCACUCUUUCCACUGUUGUUAUAACAUCGACAUCGACUGUCUGCACGAAGUGCUCUGGUACCCCUGGAUCUACCACCCCUGUGAAUGUCACUCCUACAGAGUCCACCUCUGUGACAACUACUGUGACUACCCCCACAACCACACCCGUGAAGGUUACUCCCACAGAAUCCACUUCCGUAUCAACUGUUACUGAAUCUAGCCGCUCUGUUACUACUGUCGUGACAACCCCCACAACUACACCCGUUGGUGUUAGUGCGGGCUCAACUUCAAUCACCCCUGGCAAUUCAGUCACUACUGUUGUUACCUACGUUACCACAACUUGGUGCCCAGUUACGGCCACAGAGACCUCGGGCUCUACCACACGCACAAUUGUUACCAGUACCCUUUCAAGCCUUACAGUGACAGCUACCUCAACUAUUCCUGUGACUACCACCGAGGUUGCUACAACAACUCCGGUCGGCGUGAGCGCUGGAUCGACUCCGGCUGGAUCUGGGAACUCAGUUACUACUGUUGUGACUUACGAGACCACCACCUGGUGCCCGGUCACCGCUACAGAGACCUCUGGCUCUACUACCCGUAUCGUGACCACAAGCACUCUUUCAACUGUUGUUGUAACCUCUACGUCGACUCUUCCAGCUACCACUGAAGUUGCUACGACCACCCCUGUUGGUGUGAGUGCAGGCUCGACCUCGGUAACUCCUAGUGAAUCAUUAACGACCGUUAUUACGUACGUGACCACGACUUGGUGCCCGGUCACAGCUACUGAAACCUCUGGCUCCACUACACGCGUUGUUGUUACUAGCACUCCUUCGACAGUUACUUCGACCACCACGUCGAUUAUCCCUGUUACUACUACUGAAACUACAAAGACCGAGGUAGAGACAACAACUGCCCCUGGAGCUCCGGUGACUAUUAUUCCAGUGACUGUUAGUGCUGGCUCCACUUCCAGCUCCCAGGAGUCGACUGUGACUGUUGUGACCUAUGAGACUACGACCUGGUGCCCAGUCACAGCUACAGAGACUUCCGGCUCUAUCACACGAACCGUUGUCACUAGCACUCCCUCGACAGUUAUCGUGACCGCCACAUCUACUGUUCCCGUCGUUACCCCUGUCGUCGUCGAGCCAACUACUGCUACCACUACCACCCCCGAGUCGACAGUGGUUAUUGUGACCUACGAGAGCACCACAUCUCACCCAGUAACAUCCACUUGGACAUCCGGUGGCUCGACCAGCACAGUAGUGACACACGAUGUUUCGACAGUUACCUUGACCUCAGUCUCAACUGUGUGCCCGAACUGUGUCGCAGCAACAUCCACCAGCACAGGAUCUGGCUGUCCCGCAUCCACCGUCGUCGUACAAUGCAUUGACACCUGGCUCAAGCCAGAGACAAACUGCACCUCCGAUACCUCGACAAGCUGCUACUGCCCCAACGAAGAGUUCACCAACAAGGUCCAGUCCUGCAUCGAGUCCUCCAGCAAGUCCGAUUCCGAGAUCGUGCGCGGCCUCUCCUACUUCGCCGGUCUCUGCGCUAAAUGGGUUCCCCAGAACCCGGCCAUCUUGACUAACGUUCCUGAAACCAUCACCUUGAAUGGUGGUGUUUGCGGCGUUACUCGUACUGCAUCCAUUGGACUCGUCGGAACCCGCACCGGCCUUUCUGUUCCAGUCACUACAAUCACCUACCAGACUUCCGUUGUCACCGUCCCCCUGGUGAGCUUCGUGACCACCACCGCUUACGGCACCGGUCCUUCUGUCGCGAUCGUUCCGGCUGUUACUGGUACCCCCUCGGGCUUCAUGCGGCCCUCGCCCAUGAAGAGCUCCCCGUACCGUUCUGGGAGCGCAACUCCCUCCCCAAGCUACACGCCCAUCUUUAAUUCGGCUCCACCCGCGGCCGGCUCGGCUCUACUGAGCGUUCUUAUGGGCACUGCUGCCUCUUUCCUUGCGUUCUUCCUUUAG